AUGGUGACAGAAGGGCUUGAGGUGAGAUCUGUCGGUAACAGUCUUCUUCUUCACGAGACAGCACUCAUCGAGGCUUGUAAUCUCAAAUUUGCCAUCGAGUACAAGUUAAAGAACAUGGAAGCCGCCUCCGAGGCUCUCACCGAUAUGCCUCCGCGAGCGGAAGAAGAACUUGAUGCGGUUACACUUCAUAAUCAGGCACUCAUUGGAAUGGACUCAUCUCCGGGUGACGGUUUUGCCAAGCUUCAAUAUUUAUUGAGCCAGAAUCCAUUUCCACCGGAAACAUUCGCAAAUCUUUUAUUGCUGUAUUGCAAGUAUGAGUACAUCGAUCUGGCGGCGGAUGUUUUGGCGGAGAACGCUCAUCUCACCUAUAAACAUUUAACACAAUACUUGUAUGAUUAUCUCGAUGCUGUGAUCAACAUGCAAACAUCACCCCAAGAUGCCUAUCAUAAAUUCGAUGCAAUGACGCAAGAUAUUACGAAUGAAUUAAGAAAAUUGACAAAAAGAGUACAGGAGAUUCGUCAAUCCGCUGAUGAGGAUCAAAUCCGAAAGGCCGUUGAUGGAUAUGAUGAAGCAUUGGAGAGAUAUCUACCCGUUCUGAUGUCACAAGCAAAAAUCUACUGGGAUCAACAAGAUUACAGUCAAGUUGAGAAGAUUUUUAGGAAAUCAGUGGAGUUCGCUAGUGAGCACGAUGUGUGGAAGUUGAAUGUUGCCCAUACUCUCUUCAUGCAGGAGCAAAAAUUCAAAGAUGCAGCUGGAUUCUAUGAGCCAAUCGUCAAUAAACACUACGAAAAUAUUCUCGAAAUCUCGGCAAUCGUUCUCGCAAAUCUUUGCGUUUGCUAUAUUAUGACGAACCAGAAUGAAGAAGCCGAAGAACUGAUGCGGAAAGUGGAACGAGAAGAGGAAACAAUUGGAGAUACAAAGAAAACCUUUCAUUUAUGCAUCAUCAAUCUUGUCAUUGGGACUUUAUACUGUAGUAAGGGUAAUUUUGAAUUCGGUGUCUCUCGUGUAAUCAAAGCAAUGGAACCCUUUGAGAGAAAACUUGGCACCGAUACUUGGUUUUACGCUAAAAGAUGUCUUGUUGCGAUGAUUGAGACAAUGGCUAAACAGAUGGUCGUAAUGAGAGACGCAGUCGUUCAUGAGGUUCUUCAAUUUUUGGACAAAGCCGAAGCUCAUGGAAGAGAUAUUGUAACGUCACUGGAUGGUCCUUUGAUGGAAAUUGCUCAGGUCGAUUCAGCGAAAAAAACGGUAACCUAUGAAGCAAGACAAAUCAAAGCUCUUCUAAUGAAAGUGAUCAAUUAU